CCGCCGACAGGAAACGCCCAUUGCAAGCUGGUAGAUAGCGAAAGUGCUGCGGAGCGGAGUCUCGGGGUUUUUCAGAUUUCUUUUUCCAGAGUUGGAUGUUUACCACCCUGAUGGAGGAAAAAAUUUCCCGAAUUUGUAACUAUCUUUCAAAACGAGAGUAUCCGGAAAAUUACUCCAGCUCACAGAAACAAAACCUCCGCCAUCUGAGCAGCAGGUUCUCUCUGAUCGAUGGGACGCUUUAUCACUACUCUAAAGGUAAGAAGCGCAGGGUGCUCAGGACGCUGCUGGAGACGCAAGCCGUGUUUAACGAGUUUCACCACGCGUGUGCAGCGGGCAAUCACAACGGCAUCGUCAAAACCAGAGAGGCCAUCUCCUCCCUGUUCUACUGGCCCGGGAUGUCGAAGGACAUCGAGGACAUGGUGGAGAGGUGUGAAAAGUGCCGCGCAGCUCGGAGAUUGCAGAGUCUCAGGCUCUAUUAUCCAGGAGCCGUGCUGCCCAAACACAGCGACCCACAGGGCCCCCUACUGGAUCCCGUCACAGCCGGCGAUAGCGCUCCCUGGAGGCUGUGGCAGGGCGAAGGAGAGGAGGAGAUCCAGGAGGGAGAAGGGGGGCACUGCGACACCCUCACCCCAGCCACAGAGGGGCACCGCAGGGUCAUCGUCAUCUCCAACCCCGGCACUCUGAGCGUGAAGGAGGAGGAGGAGAAGGAGGAGGAAGAGGGGGGUUUCAAACACGAGUCCCGCGAGAGUGACAUGGAGGCCAUCCCGAAGCUGGAGCGGGACCAGGAGCCGGAGCAGCACAGCGACCCCGACAAGGGCCCCGCUGCCGGGCCAGAGGGGGCUGGGAGGCAGGCCGGCACUGGGAGUGAUGGGGGCCGGUGUGCAGGGGCUGGUAGCGGAGCUGGUUUUGUCUCUGAUGCUGGCCGGCUCAGGGGUCCCGUGACGGAGGGGGUCCUGGCAUCCCGCAGUCUCCAGCGGUCCCACGCCCGAUGGUCUGAUGAAGACACGCUCGCCAUGCUGUCCGUGGUGGCGCGGCUGGGCGUGGCCUGCCAGCUGGACAGGAAGUGUCGGAGCAGCGCAGGACUCUGGGAGAGGGUGCGGCUGGCCCUGGCGGAGCGCGGGAUCCCGAGAGAGGCGGGGCUCAUCCGCUCCCGCUGGACCGCGCUCAAGCAGAUGUACUGGAAGGAGAAGGCCAGGAGGAGGCAGUGUGGAGCGACAGGCAGCAACAGCAGGUUCUUCAAGACGAUGGAUGUCCUGCUGACCAGGACCCCCCGGGAGCCGCGGGACGAGGACAGCUCCUCCGGCUCCCCCUCACUCCCCGGCCUCGUGCCCCCCUCUCCUCCCCACCCCCGGCCCCGCCCCAUCCCGGACCCUGGCUCCUCCCCUUCCUCUUUGGACUCCUCUCCAUUUGCAAGGGAGCGGGACUGGAGGACAGACGCCCAGAGAGACACUGAGGGGGACGGGGCGAGGGAGAGCUCGGGCUGGGGACAGUCUGCUCUCCAGCCCCCCCUGCUGGACUCAGGGGAUCCCACAACCUCGCUCCCCUACAGCAGAAAAAAAGAGACGGUUUCACACAGCCAGGGGCCUGCUUCCCCGCCCGAGGGCUGUACCGCUGGUUUCCAGGAGAGGGCGCUGUCUCUGCUGUCAGACUUCUUGCAGGAGCAGCGCAGCUUCCAUGCACAGCUGCUGCAGGAGCAGAGGGAGCUGAGAGCUGCACUGGAGCGGACGGCACACACACAUGAGCAGAGCAUCACCCUGCUGAGGCAGCUGCAGGGGGGAGGGGCCACACCAGAGGCCACACCCCCCGGCAACAGAGGAGGAGGAGGAGUCACACACACUGGAACACAGACCACAAGCAGAGGCCACCCCCACCGACAGAACUCAGCCUGAAGCCACACCCACCCACAGAGGAGGGUUUGGUGCUGCCUCAGCCCCUCGUCUUGCUGGAGUGGUAGGGGCCGGGCGGAGGACGGUUUGGUGCUUCUUCAGCCCUCGUCUUGCUGGAGUGGUAGGGGCCGGGCGGAGGAGGGUUUGGUGCUUCCUCAGCCCCUCGUCUUGCUGGAGUGGUAGGGGCCGGGCGGAGGAGGGUUUGGUGCUUCCUCAGCCCUCGUCUUGCUGGAGUGGUAGGGGCCGGGCGGAGGAGGGUUUGGUGCUUCCUCAGCCCCUCGUCUUGCUGGAGUGGUAGGGGCCGGGCGGAGGAGGGUUUGG